AUGACUCGCCAUCAUGUCGGCAGUGUUUUAUGGCGGCACGAUGCUGGCGAGCCGGGUGGUCGAGCCUCCGCCUUCUGUGCGACCGGUCGUCUCGGUCGUAUUCCGUUGCAUGCAAAGCCGAAGGGGCGUGGCGCCCGCGCGGGCCAGACAUGUGUCGACCUGUUUGCGAACAAGAACUAUGCGGCCUGUGACACUGCACAAGGAAAUGUUUCGGUCGGCAAGCUACAAAACGUCGUUACAUUUAUGCGGUCAUCUCCGCAAAGGAGCGAGGUGUUUGAGAAGGUUGCGCACGAGACGAAGCGCAAGAUUCCGCCUUCGCGGUUGAAUCCACUGCGCAAUUUGAAGUAUCUUACGAACAAUGACACGAGGUAA